CUUAUUAAUAGUCAUACUUAUUAUUAGUCAUACAUGUUAUUGAUUAUCAUUCAUUUGAAUUACAUCACUUCUAUUUACUUCUAUAUACCGUUUGUUGAGUGGACUUUUAUUUCGAAAAGAGCUGACCGGAAGACGUCUUGUUUCCGGUGCAUGGUGCGAGCUUGACGGUGAUGCGCAGCUCGUGCAGCUUCAGAGCAGAGACGUUGUUUAGUUUUCAGACUGGAAACAUCGAAGAAGAAGCUUCAGAAGCUCAGCAGUCCAGUAGAGGGCACUAGGACCAUGACUCCCUGCGUCAGCCUCUCCAUGGUCGGCGUGCUGCUCCUCCUGAGUCCGGCUUCCUGUCAGACCGUCACCAGCCCCGUUCAGGACCUGAGCAACAGGAACGCAGACUUCGCCACCCGGCUGUACCGCGCCGUCGCCAGCCGCACCGACGACAACAUCCUCCUGUCGCCACUCACGCUGUCCGCCGCGAUGACGGCGCUCAGCGGGGCCGCCGCCGGGCCGACCGCUGAACAGCUGCUGCAGGGACUCAGUCUGACCGGACUGGACCCUGAGACCAUCCCAGAUCUGUUUCAGAGUCUACGGGCUGUGGUCUUGGAGGGGGACGGAGCUGUGAACCUGCAGCAGGGUGUGGCUAUUUUCCCCGAUCAGAGCUUCCAGGUCUCGCCAGCCUACCUGGACCUGGUCCAGAAGUUCGGUGGGACAGUUCAGAGCCUGAGCUACACAGCGCCGCAGGACGCCGCCGACACCAUCGACCGAUGGGCCCAGGAGCAGACUGCAGACCGGGUCCAGGGCCUGGUGACAAACCUGGACCCCCAGACACAGCUGCUGCUCACCACCGCCACCUCCUACCAGACGCGGUUCAGUCCGUCCUUUAACUCGAGCGUCACUCAGGAUGAGCGUUUCUUCGUGGACAGGUAUCACGUCGUCAUGGUGCCCAUGAUGUUCCGGGCAGAUAAGUACUUCCUGGCAUACGACCGCUCGCUGAAGGUCGGCGUGUUGAAGCUGCCGAUGGCGGACGGAGCGGCCAUGUUGGUCGUGCUGCCUGAUGAAGACGUGGACGUCACUGCCGUUGAAGAGGAGGUGACCGGCGAGAAGAUCCGGACCUGGAUCAGACAGCUGAAGAAGACGAAGCUGGAGGUGCAGCUGCCGCGCUUCCUGUUGGAGCGCUCGUACUCGCUGAGCGACGCUCUGCAGACACUCGACAUCACGCAGGUGUUUCAGGACACUGCUGACAUGAGCGGCAUGGGCGGAGCUAAAGGUCCCACACUGACACAGGUGUUCCAUAAAUCCGUCGUCUCCGUGGAUGAGAGCGGCGGCGCCUCAGGAGGCGGAGUCAGCGUGUUCUCCUCUCUUCCUCCUCGACUGACCAUCAACAGACCGUUCCUCUUCAUCGUCUACCAGCCGGCGAGCAGCAGUGUGCUGCUGAUGGGCCGCGUAGUCGAUCCCACCAAGAAAUAAACACCUGUAGCUGAGUCACUGCUAAGCCCCGCCCCUCACAGUUACUGUUACCUGUCAGAUUUACCUGCUAACACAUUAACCUGCUAACUGAUUUACCGGCUAACUGAUUUACUUGCUAACACAUUUACCUGCUAGCUGAUUUACCUGCUAACUGAUUUACCUGCUAACACAUUAACCUGCUAACUGAUUAACCGGCUAACACAUUUACCUGCUAACUGAUUUACCUGCUAACACAUUAACCUGCUAACUGAUUAACCGGCUAACGCAUUAACCUGCUAGCUGAUUUACCUGCUAACUGAUUUACCUGCUAACUCAUUUACCUGCUAACUCAUUUACCUGCUAACACAUUAACCUGCUAGCUGAUUUACCUGCUAACUGAUUUACCUGCUAGCUGAUUUACCUGCUAACUCAUUUACCUGCUAACUCAUUUACCUGCUAACACAUUAACCUGCUAACUGAUUAACCGGCUAACUGAUUUACUUGCUAACACAUUAACCUGUUAACUGAUUUACCGGCUAACUGAUUUACUUGCUAACACAUUAACCUGCUAACUGAUUUACCGGCUAACUGAUUUACUUGCUAACACAUUUACCUGCUAACUGAUUUACCGGCUAACUGAUUUACUUGCUAACUGAUUUACCGGCUAACACAUUUACUUAAAACAGACUGACUGACUCUCUGUCCCCUCAAAGGUCAAAGUUCAACUCAAUUAGCACAAAUUUACUUUACAGCUGAUUUAGUUCAGACUUUACUUAUGACCUGUACAGCACAGCGAGAGGUUGAUCACUUAGUAUUAUUAUUGUUAUUAGUGAUAGUAGUAGUAGUAGUAGUAGUAUUAGUAGUAGUAGUAGUUCUAUUAGUAGUAUUUCUAGUAGAGCAGCAGUACUUCAGCCUCUCACGUUGUGUAGUGAAAAACACACUGAGCGGUCACUAAUGUAACUCUGGUUCUCUGAGUCCUGUAUAAAGACUGAUGACAUCAUCAUGUAUCCAUAUAUAACCUGUGUGCAGUAGAGGUCUGCACGGGUCCAAAACCCUGGACCCGACCCGAAACUGAGCCGUGGAAAACCUACCUGAACCCGACGCAAACAGACAUGAACAGAGAGAACACAAACACUGGCAGCAGCCUGAUUAUCUAGCAAUUAAUUAGAUUAAUUAACAUGCAACUGCAGUGAAAAGAGCAGCAGUGUUAUUACAAUAAUGCCCUAAGAACAAAUAUAAAGUCAUAGAAACGAAAAUAAUUUGCUUACAUGCUUCAAACACACAUUUAUAACAUAUAAUAACUUUGAACAACUGAGAGCCUUCUGUAGCCAGCUGGGUAACAGAUAGAAGAAAGACACUGUUCUGACCUGUUUACUCUUCAGUUUAUUCAAUACAAAUUAAAAAUAAAUGUAAUAUCUGUGAAUCGAAUUCCAAAAAAACAAAAUUUGUUAAACAUUAUAAAUCUUAUAGACGACAGAUUUUCCUAAAGAAAGUUUCAGGUCCCUUGUCAGAACUUGUCAGAACUUGUCAGAACUUGUCAGAACAGGAGCAAACAGCUGACGCGUCAGCUGGUUUUACCUCCUUUAACUUGUUCCUCAUGUCAAUUUACGUUCACGUUACGUUUCCUCCCGCGGUGAUUGUGACCACAUGAUCACAGCUGAUCCACUCGUUUCAGACAUGUCGACAUACAGACCCGAGGUAGUAAAAAGAGACCCGAGCUGAUUACACUGAGUAGAAUUUGGACCCGGUAUGACUUGAGUCCCGGGUUGGAUCUCGGUUCCUCAGAACCAAGUGAACCCGUGAAGACCUCUAUUAUGAAGUUCAUGACUGAAAGUUUCCCUACUCUUCUGUUGAAUGCAUCAUGUGACCUCCACUGUACGUUACACAUUAAAACUUUUUCCAAAGAA